AUGGCCUUGAUUGAUGAUAGAAUCAGUCAUCGACAAGAUUGUAUUCUUGGUGCAGCCAAAGGAAAUCUAGCUUACCAAAAGUUCAUAUUUUUAGUCUAUCCCAAAUUUGCCUUAGAUCUGAAAUCAGCAAACUUAAAUAAGGCUUUAUCUUUUAUUCAUCACUUUGAAAGAAGUGAUCUCAUGAUUCCAGGAGAUAAACCCUUCGCAAUAACCUACCGCAUAGGAUAUGCAUUGAAUAAUAGUCAUCAUAGCAUAGUCUAUAAAAAAGAAGAAUACAUAGAACUUGAAGAUGUAUUGUCAGAAAUAGGACAUGUCAAAGAUAAACAAUUUUGUGACAUAGAUCCUCAAGAUAGAUCUUGGGCUUUAAACUUUAGGAGAAAGCUACCACCUAGAAUCUCAUCAGAUUCUCUUUAUAUAGGUAAAACAUCCAAAUCUCUGGAACCUACUCCAAGAGAUAUACUAAAAAGCACAAGAAAUAUGUCUUCUAAAGUUGAUAAUAUAAAUCAAACGAUCAGCCAACUAAGCGAAGAUAACUAUAAGGAUGAAGAAUUAAUAAUCAAUGGAUCAAAUGUCUCGAUUCUUGAUCAAGCUCUUAAGUUACUAGAUCUUGCUGAAUCUAAAGGAAAGGAUAAAGUAAAUUUAGAAAUCUCUACAUCUGAGGAACUUAAACAACUUUUCCACUUUGAUGAAACGAUUAACGUCAUAGAAGAAACAUUUGACAAAGAAACUUUUGUAUAUAUUUCAGAAGAAGAAGUAGAAUCUCUUUCUUCUGAUAUAGAGCCUAACUUCGGGAUGAAUAAGAUCGAACCACAAUUCGAACAUCAUGGAGAAUCUUAUUUUCAAGGUGAAAGAAGAAAAAGACCUAAAACUGAACAAGGUCAUAGAACUGGCUCUAUGCCAAAUCUUCCCACUGGAAAUCCAAACCAGUUCGGAACAAACGUUCUCAAUAUUGACAACAUUGAAACAGAUAGAAAAGAAUUUAUCGACAUAUGGACUUCGGAAAUAAGUCUAAUCAUUCAGACUAACAAAGAAAAAUAUGCAACAAAAAAAUCUAUCCUUUUAUUGUUUAACCAUAAAACAUCAUGA